CAAGUAUAAAUCCUUAUGAUUGGAAGAGGGCGGUUUAUACAAAAUACAUAUACCAUCAGUACACCCAGUCAGGGAAACUUCUUCAUUAAUAAUUGGAAGUUAUUAACUGACACAUCAGCAUCCUUAACAUGAGCAAUAACAUAUGGGAAGUUCCUCCGCAGCUGUGGAGUAGUUCCGCUGAAGUAGGAAGAGGAAGCUCGAACCACAGUGAUGCCUACCGUGGCGAUGAUAUCGGAAACGCACGGAUCACCGCGUUUUGGAUCCGACAGACCCGAGUUUCAAUUCAUUAAACCGACCCGAAUUCCACUGUGUUGCGCUGAAGCUGCUUUAUGGGUGUAUGUAUUGAUUGCGAUGUAUCUUUGUUACUAAUGCUUUGUCCGAUGCCCAUGCAUAUUGUGAUGCCCGGUGAAUUCUGGUUAUAUGUGUUGUGUUCUUAAGAUACACCGUACACGGGUUGUGUGAGUAAUUUAUGGAGAUAGUAUGGAUCGAUUACAUGUCAAACACAAUUAUAAUCUUUCCAGUAAGAUGAAACAGUUUGUUUGCUUAGGCUGCGUUGAUGUGUAUCUGUUAGCGGUUAAAUAUCCUUCCACAGUUUCUUAACCUUAUUAUAUUAUUAUUUUAACUGAAAUCUGUUUUAUAAAUAAAUUUUAAUGAUGCAUAAAUAGCUGUGUCAAUAACAGAAUGACACAUGGAAAUAUACUAUCUCUAAAUUGUUUGGAAAGGUUCUUGCUAAAGGAACAAUUAGACAUUUUAUCACUUCUUCUUUCUUCUUUCUUGUUUUUUUUUUUAUUUUUAAUUAUAUUUUUGUCAUAUAGUUAAAUUUUAACUAUGCUUAAAUAGCUGUGUUAAUAACAAAAUGACACAGAGAAAAAAAUACUAUCUCUAAAUCGUGCGGAAAAGUUAUUGCUAAAGAAACGAUUAGACAUUUUAUGACUUUCUCUUUCUUGAUUUUUUAUUUUUAAUUAUAUUUUUGUCAAAAAACACUUAUGUAAACAACUAACAUUAAUGCCGCUCUAGAUUUGAUCUGUGUUUCUGUUUCUAAUAUAUAAGAACACCUCCGAUAUAAAUAUAUUAGGAAAUUUUUCACUUUUAAAAUAAAUAAACAAUUUAGAAAAAUAAAAAAGAGAGUGCAGUGAAACUUCAAAACUACUCCCUCAGGUUCCGGAAUCUGUUAGCAUCUUAUCCUCGGAUGCGGCAUGAAAUUCUUCUACUCUUGCAGGUGGCCUUGGCUGGGUUUGCACGGACUCAGCACAUUCACACCGCUUCCAAGGAACAAGGAACAUACGCUACAUAGCUUCAGCCCUUGCAGCAGAAGCGUUGGUGUUACUCGCAGGUCUCUCGGAGGCUGCUUCAUUUGGCAUCAAAGAUGUAAUCUGUUUAUCAGAUUCAAAAAGUCUCAUUGAUUUAAUUACAUGAAACAAAGUUGUGGUUGCUCUUAUAGGCAUACUCUAUGACAUUGGCGUGUUGAGUGAUUCCUUCAACUCUAUCUUCUUUAGUUUCAUUUUUCGUGUCUGUAACGAACCAGCAGAUAAGCUGGCUAAAAACAGUAUGUUUCAGGUGUCGAACAAUCUCUCUGAGACUGCUAACUCUGUUUGAUUUAAGUGGAAUGAAUAAAAUGAUGGUUUGAACAAAAAAAAGAAAAGACAGUGCAGUGAAGUUUUAAAAUUGGAGUUUAUAGGAAACUCAUUAAAACUUUUAAAGUCAUGUGUCCACUUAUUGUCCACUUAUUGAUCAUUUUAAUCUUUUUAGAAAAUUAAGAUAAAGAUAUUAAUUUGUUUAGAUACUUGUUUUUAGAUGCUAACCAAUAAUGUUGCUCUUAACAUUACAAAAAUCAAUAUCUUGGAUACCAUUAUCUGAUAUACGAAAAUGAUUGUCUUAUUGGCUUUGUGCAGGUAAAAAAUAUUUAGAUAGCCCUUUUGUCAAAAAAAAAAAAUUAGAUAGACAACUAAUAAGUAAUAUCAAUACAGACAAAAGUUUUUGAUGUCAACAAACAGAAGAAGAAUAGAGGACAAAUGAGAUAUUCCUAAUUAUACAAAAGGAAAAUGUCUGUAUUAUGUGAAAGUGUAAAUUGCAUUAACUGCGAUAAUUCAUUUAUCGUAAUAAUCCAUAGAGUAUAUACUCCAAAGUUUGGUCGUGUAUAUAAUGCAAUGGCAUUUUUUUUUUGUAAUUCUCGUAAUAAGCUAAAGGUUGUUUAGUUUGGAAUUUGUAAACAGCUUAAGACUGAAGUGUUGACUAGUAAAAAAAUCAACUUAAAAAUGAUUUUUAAUAUAUACAUAUACAUAUAUAUAGGAGAUAAAUGAAAGAUGGAUGAUGACAUUCGUGAUUUAUGAUCAUUCGAUUAUUUUCUCCAAUGAGAUUUUCUAUGAGUAUCCAUAACUGGAAAAUAAACUUUAUAAGUUUAUAGUGUUUUUUUCAAAUAGUUCUGAAUUUUGUCUCUGUAGUGUGGUUUAAUUAGUUUUCAGGAACGAAUUCAACCCUAACAUCAAACUUAGUAUUAUUUCAACGCCAAAAUUACUAUCUUGAUGUUAGACAUUAUUUUUAAAAAUAAAAUUUUAAAAUUACUAUUAAAUUGAAAUAAAUUUAUAAAUUUCUCUUAUAAGAUGCAUCUUCCAACAUAAAUACAUAAAAUAUUUGUUGGUCAUAAUAUAUUUCAAUUUCAGUGAAGAAACAUAGUUACAUCUACAAAAUGUUACCCAUCAACAAUAUAUUGAACCUUGAAAGGUACGUACAUAUAUUAUUAGUUUAUAAAUUUUAAAUAAUGGAAACUUGGUUACUCAUUUAUUUUUAUUAAAUUGUUUAAAUAUUUUAUUUAUGUUAAUAAUUAUCUUCAGAUUACUUAAAUCUUUCAUACAUUUAUAAUAUAAAUAUAUUUGAUUUAUCUACAAAAAAGUUGAAAGAGAAAUAAUUAAAUCUAUAUUUUUGACUAAAAUAGGCAGAUUUAAUUGCCAUCAUAUAUCUUUUUUUUUUAAUGUUAGACAAAGAUAAUAUUAUUUUAUUUAUUUGUAAAUCUAUAUAAUACAUUCUUCAAAGAAAUGUAAAAAUGUAGAAAGACCAAAAACUUCGCCCGCCUAUUGUCUCUCUCUCUCUCGCCAAAGCUUUAAUGCCGGCCGGAAACAAAUAGACUUGAGAUUUCGAAUCUUGAAUCUCGUCCAAGCAUAUUCCACCUCCUUCCUCGUAACCGGACGACUCGUCGGCGAUGUUAGGACGAGACGAAGAUCUGGUCCGUACGAAGAGUAGGAGAGGGAGUUUAGGCUCUUCCAGUUACCGGAGUUUGCGCGGAGCUUCUAGAAGCUUCAGAGACGUAUUAAUUCUUCCGGCAGAGGACAAUGUUUGCGGGAGAAGCGAACGGAGAGAGGAAGAUGACGUGGAGCUCAAGUGGGCGGCGCUAGAGAGAUUACCGACGUACGAUAGGCUACGAAAAGGGAUGUUGCCGCAACAAACGUCGGUCAACGGGAAGGCUGGGCUUGAAGAAGUUGAUCUCACGAAGCUCGCUCCUAAGGAGAAGAAACACCUCAUGGAGAUUAUUUUGAAGUUCGUUGAAGAAGAUAACGAGAAGUUUCUCCGUCGAUUGAGAGAAAGAACAGACAGGGUGGGAAUCGAAGUGCCGAAGAUUGAAGUAAGGUAUGAGAAUAUAUCAGUGCAAGGAGAUGUACGUAGUGCAAGCAGAGCGCUUCCUACUCUCUUCAACGUCACUUUGAAUACACUCGAGAGCAUUCUUGGAAUGUUCCACCUCCUUCCAUCUAAAAAGAGCAAAAUUCAGAUACUUAAAAAUAUCAGUGGCAUUGUCAAACCAUCAAGGAUGACGUUAUUACUUGGUCCACCAAGUUCAGGGAAAACAACAUUUCUACAAGCUUUGGCUGGAAAGCUCGAUGACACUCUCCAGAUGUCUGGGAGGAUAACUUACUGUGGUCAUGAGUUUAGCGAGUUUGUUCCUCAAAAGACAUGUGCAUACAUCAGUCAACAUGACCUCCACUUUGGAGAAAUGACUGUGAGAGAGACGUUAGAUUUUUCUGGACGCUGUCUAGGUGUUGGGACUCGGUACCAGAUGCUUACUGAGCUCUCAAGGAAGGAGAGAGAAGCGGGUAUAAAGCCAGACCCUGAGAUUGAUGCAUUCAUGAAAUCUAUUGCCAUAUCAGGGCAAGAAACUAGUUUGGUUACCGACUAUGUACUUAAGAUACUUGGUCUUGACAUUUGUGCUGACAUACCUGUUGGAGAUGAGAUGAGACGAGGUGUUUCUGGUGGACAGAUGAAGCGUCUAACAACAGGAGAGAUGUUGGUAGGACCAGCAACAGCUCUUUUCAUGGAUGAAAUAUCAACAGGAUUGGACAGUUCCACAACAUUCCAGAUUUGCAAGUUCAUGAGGCAAUUAGUUCAUAUAUCAGAUGUUACAAUGAUCAUCUCUCUUCUGCAACCUGCACCAGAGACAUUUGAGCUUUUCGACGACAUUAUCCUGCUCUCAGAGGGACACAUUGUCUACCAGGGCCCAAGGGACAAGGUUCUUGAGUUCUUUGAGUACAUGGGGUUCCAAUGUCCUGAAAGGAAAGGUGUUGCAGACUUUCUGCAAGAAGUCACGUCUAAGAAAGACCAAGAACAGUAUUGGAACAGGAGAGAACAACCUUACAGCUAUGUCUCAGAGAGUGACUUCUCAAGCGCCUUUAACUCUUUCCACACCGGGCAGCAACUAGCAUCAGACAUGAGGGUUCCUUAUGAAAAAGCUAAAACACAUCCUGCUGCGUUAGUGACACAGAAGUAUGGUAUAUCAAACCGGGACCUUUUCAAGGCAUGCUUUGAUAGAGAAUGGCUUCUUAUGAAACGCAACUCCUUUGUGUAUGUCUUCAAGACGGUCCAGAUAACCAUCAUGUCUUUGAUUGCCAUGACGGUCUAUCUUAGGACAGAAAUGCAUGUAGGCACGGUGGCAGAUGGUCAGAAGUUUUAUGGUGCUCUAUUUUUCAGCUUGAUCAAUGUACUCUUUAAUGGAAUGGUUGAACUAGGUUUCACAGUGAUGAGGCUCCCAGUUUUCUACAAGCAGAGGGACUUCUUGUUCUAUCCUCCAUGGGCUUUCGCCUUACCAGCGUGGCUUCUAAAGAUCCCAUUAUCUCUUAUUGAGUCAGGAAUAUGGAUAGCAUUUACAUAUUACACUAUAGGUUUUGCUCCUGCUGCUUCCAGGUUUUUUCGACAGUUGUUGGCAUACUUCUGUGUGAAUCAGAUGGCACUUUCUUUGUUUAGAUUUCUUGGAGCCGUUGGAAGAACAGAAGUUAUCUCCAACUCGGUUGGGACCUUCACAAUGCUAAUUAUAUAUACUCUUGGAGGCUUCAUUAUUGCUAAAGAUGAUAUCCCUCCAUGGAUGACAUGGGCCUAUUACAUAUCCCCUAUGAUGUACGGACAGACUGCUAUUGUUAUGAAUGAGUUUCUAGAUGACAGAUGGGGAGCGCCCAACAAUGAUACCCGCAUCAAUGCAAAAACAGUUGGAGAAGUCCUUCUGAAGAGCCGAGGCUUCGUUACAGAGCCAUACUGGUUCUGGAUCUGUAUCGUGGCGCUACUCGGGUUUUCUUUGUUGUUCAAUCUCUUUUACAUAAUAGCCUUGAUGUAUUUGAACCCUCUUGGUAACUCCAAAGCUACAGUUGCGGAAGAAGAUAAAGACAAACAGAAAGGAACAGAAGGUUCUCUUGUGGAACUAAGUAGCCGUUCAAGUAAUGGACCGAAGAGAGGAAUGGUUUUACCUUUCCAACCACUUUCUCUUGCAUUCAACAAUGUGAACUACUACGUGGACAUGCCUGCAGAAAUGAAAGCUCAGGGAGUUGAAGGGGAUCGCCUCCAGUUACUAAGAGACGUUGGUGGAGCUUUCAGGCCAGGCAUAUUGACUGCAUUGGUUGGUGUCAGUGGUGCAGGUAAGACAACCUUAAUGGAUGUCUUGGCCGGCAGGAAAACAGGAGGCAACGUCGAAGGGAGUAUUAGCAUAUCCGGUUAUCCAAAGAACCAAUCAACAUUUGCCAGAGUCUCUGGUUACUGUGAACAAAAUGACAUCCAUUCUCCACAUGUUACAGUUUAUGAAUCCCUCAUAUAUUCAGCUUGGCUUCGUCUUUCCGUAGAUAUAGAUGCCAAAACACGAGAGAUGUUUGUUGAGGAAGUGAUGGAGUUAGUGGAGCUAAAACCUCUUAGAAACUCUAUAGUUGGACUUCCUGGAGUUGAUGGGCUUUCAACAGAACAGAGAAAGAGGCUCACUAUUGCAGUUGAAUUGGUUGCUAACCCUUCUAUUAUUUUCAUGGACGAGCCUACAUCUGGUCUUGAUGCAAGAGCUGCUGCCAUUGUUAUGCGUACAGUUAGAAACACUGUUGAUACAGGAAGAACUGUUGUUUGUACCAUUCACCAGCCUAGCAUCGACAUUUUCGAAUCCUUUGAUGAGCUUCUGUUGAUGAAACGUGGAGGGCAAGUUAUAUAUGCUGGAAGUCUAGGGCAUCAGUCACAAAAACUCAUUGAAUACUUUGAGGCUGUUGAAGGGGUUCCAAAGAUCAAGGACGGAUACAAUCCAGCUACAUGGAUGCUUGAUGUCACUACUCCUUCAAUGGAGUCACAAAUGAGCUUGGACUUUGCUCAAAUAUUCACCAACUCCUCUCUUUAUCGGAGAAACCAGGAACUCAUCAAAGAGCUCAGUACUCCACCACCUGGAUCAAAUGAUCUCUACUUCCCAACUAAGUACUCACAACCGUUUUGGACACAAACCAAAGCUUGCUUGUGGAAACAGUAUUGGUCAAACUGGAGAUUCCCUCAGUACAAUUCCAUCAGGUUUCUCAUGACUAUAGCCUUUGGCGUCUUAUUUGGUUUGAUCUUCUGGCAAACAGGAACGAAAAUAGAGAAAGAGCAAGACCUUAAUAACUUCUUUGGAGCCAUGUAUGCUGCUGUACUGUUCCUCGGUGCCACCAACGCUGCAGCAGUUCAACCUGUAAUAGCCAUUGAGAGAACUGUUUUCUACCGCGAAAAAGCUGCUGGAAUGUACUCAGCCAUCCCUUAUGCAAUUUCCAAGGUUGCUGUGGAGAUCAUGUACAACACGAUUCAGACAGGAGUUUACACGUUAAUCCUUUACUCAAUGAUAGGAUACGACUGGACGGUGACCAAGUUCUUCUGGUUCUACUACUACAUGUUAACAAGCUUCAUCUACUUCACUCUAUAUGGUAUGAUGCUUAUGGCCUUGACAACAAACCCUCAAAUCGCUGGAAUCUGCAUGUCCUUCUUCGUCGUUCUUUGGAAUCUUUUCUCCGGUUUCCUCAUCCCUAGACCGCAAAUACCGAUAUGGUGGAGAUGGUACUACUGGGCAACACCAGUGGCUUGGACACUGUAUGGAAUCAUUACAUCUCAAGUAGGAGACAAGGAUUCUAUAGUGCAGAUCACUGGUGUUGGAGACAUGAGUCUCAAAACGUUGCUCAAGAAUGGCUUCGGAUUCGAACAUGACUUCUUACCAGUUGUAGCUGCUGUCCACAUUGCAUGGAUACUGCUCUUUGCCUUUGUCUUUGCUUAUGGUAUUAAGUUCAUCAACUUCCAAAGAAGGUGAAGAAACCUUUGUACAACAUAGUUGAAAAUCUUUGUAUGUUUGAAGUUGUUGAAAUCAUUUAAUUUUCUUUGUUGCUAGUAUUUGGUUAGUAACAAUAAUAACACCUUAUGUUACCAAAUUAUA